AUGUGCUCUACUGACCUCUUCGCAGAUUCUGUUGAAAAAGAAAGAAGAUGUCCUCCAGAGGGCAAUGAUUUUAAAACAAAAGAAAAUAAGUCGACCAGAAAUUAUCAACCAAGUGCACACCAUCCAGUAAGAACUAACAUCUUGGUCCCCUUGUGCUUCGAGGAUGAACUGGAAAAUCCAAACACCAAGAUACUUGACAUUAAUCCAACAGAGACAAUAACUACUCUCAUGGAACAAGGUCAUGCAAAUCCCAUAGUUUUCCAUGAUACAGAAUUUACACAGAUGUUGCUUUUGAUGAAAAGGAUCACUCCAUAUACUACAAUAGUUCAAAGAAAAAACCUUGUUUUAGAAAGAAAUUGCACAAUACUCAAAGCUUUAUUUAAUGAGGAGCCUAGUACUGUUUCCACGCCUAAAGCGUGGACAUUGGAUAUGCGAGCCCUGUCUUCUGGGGCCCACAGACAUGUAAAGGAGAAAUGAAAGAAGAAAAAUGACAGUCUGCCUUCAGAAAAAAGACCAUGGAACACACUUUAUAAUUUAUCCCAAACUCUUUCCAGUCUAACAAAAAAAUUUGUGGGUUACUUUGAUAAAGCUGUUAUUCAAGAAAAGACUGCUAACUUAGGAGAACUUGAAAGAAUGUUUUCUACGGUGACAGAAAUACAUGACAAACACAACAAAUUCAGUGCCUCUCCUAUCACGUAUGGUUCAAAGCCUUUAAAAAACAUAACUCAAUACAUAAACAACGUAACUCACCUGGAUAAUGUGUUAAACUCACGUGAAAAGUAA